AUGGGUGUUCCAGCUCUUUUCAGGUGGCUUUCAAGAAAGUACCCGAAAAUCAUAUCUCCCGUGGUGGAAGACGAGGGCGACGCCCAGUACGGUCGUGAACCUCAAUACCUGGACCCUAACCCAAAUGGCGAACUAGAUAACCUAUACUUGGAUAUGAACGGUAUUGUUCAUCCUUGUUCCCACCCUGAGCACAAACCGCCUCCUGAGACCGAGGACGAGAUGUUCUUGGACGUGUUCAAGUACACCGAUCGUGUCUUGAUGAUGGCUAGACCUAGAAAGGUGUUGGUUAUUGCCGUCGAUGGAGUGGCGCCAAGGGCAAAGAUGAAUCAACAGAGAGCUAGAAGAUUUCGUGCUGCACAGGAUGCGAAGAUACACGAUGAAGAGAUGGAGAGGCAGAUAGCUGAUGCUGAAGCUCGCGGUGAGAUCAUUGAGCAAUCGAUCAAGGGUAAAAAGAAGUGGGAUUCUAACGCAAUCACUCCCGGUACACCCUUCAUGGACGGUUUAGCUGCAGCUUUGAGAUACUGGGUGGCCUACAAACUAGCUUCUGACCCAGGCUGGAAGGACUUGCAGGUGAUUAUUAGUGAUGCUACGGUGCCUGGUGAAGGUGAGCAUAAGCUUAUGAGCUUCAUCAGAUCGCAGCGUUCUGAUCCUCUGCAUGAUCCUAACACAAAACAUUGCAUCUAUGGUCUUGAUGCUGAUCUUAUCUUCUUGGGUUUGGCUACUCAUGAACCACAUUUUAGAGUUUUAAGAGAGGAUGUAUUUGCUCAAGGGGGAGGGUCCAGAAAUUUGAGAAUUUCCGAUCAAAUGAACAUGACCGCAGAAGAGAAGAAGGCAUUGGAUGCCAAAGAUGCAAAGAAGCCGUUUUUAUGGCUUCAUGUCAACGUGCUCCGAGAGUAUUUGGAAGUGGAGUUGAAGGUGAGAAUGGGUCCUCAAUGGGACUUAGAAAGGGCAAUUGACGACUGGGUGUUCAUGUGUUUCUUUGUUGGAAAUGAUUUUUUGCCCCAUUUGCCCUCCUUGAGUGUUCGUGAUAAUGGUAUUGAUAUCUUGGUAGGAUGCUGGAAACUGAUCAUAUCAAGGGUCAGUGAUUACUUAACAUGUGAUGGUAAGCUCAAUCUUGAUGCAGUUGAACAACUUCUUAAGGCUCUUUCGGUUAAGGAAGAUGACAUCUUGCGGAGGAGACACGAGAACGAGCAGCGUUAUCAGCAUAAUGACAAGAGAAGAAAGAUUGCGCAAGACGAAGAGAAAAGUUUGCGUGCUCAAUACCUUUCCACUGUUUCAAAAGGUAAGGAGAAGGCGCCUAUUACAGCUGAUCAGAGUAUGCCUCUCAUGGAUACGUCGGGUAAGCUUGUUGAUGGCUAUGCACAGCUUUCGAAUAAGGACAUUGUCCACAAUCGUGACAUAAUAACGAAAGCUAACAUGGCUAAUGCUGAUGCUGCUGCUGCACUCAAAAAGCUUCUAAAUCAGAAAAGCGGAGGCUCUCCAGAAAAAUCAGAAACCCAGAGCGACGCGGAACAAUCUGAAACUAAUAAAAGGACUGCAAGCGACAUGGAGUCGACAGAGCUUUCAGAAGAAGAUCCCGAUGAGGAUCAAGUAAGAGAAUGGGAACCAGGAUACAAAGAGCGGUAUUACAAGAUAAAAUUCGACUUGUCGACUAAGGAAGAGAUUGAUAAACAAAGGAAAGACCUCGUCUACUCAUAUAUUGAAGGUGUUUCUUGGGUACUUUUGUAUUAUUAUCAGGGAUGCCCUUCAUGGCAAUGGUAUUAUCCAUACCACUAUGCUCCAUUUGCUGCUGAUUUCACGGACUUGAGAGAGCUCUUUGGAAAUCAAGGUGUUAAAUUCGUUCAGGGUGAGCCCUUCAGCCCUUACGAACAGCUUAUGUCUGUUUUACCAGCUGCUUCUGGCCAUGCUUUGCCUGAGGUGUUCAGAGAACUUAUGUCAAGCCCCGACAGUGAAAUCAUAGAUUUUUACCCAGAAAAUUUCAAAAUUGACAUGAAUGGUGCCAAGAUGAGCUGGCAGGGUAUUGCACUUUUACCUUUCAUCGAUGAACACAGGCUUCUUACCGCAGUGCGUGGAAAGUACGACUUGUUGACAGACGCUGAGAAGGAGCGCAACACGAAUAAAGAAGCGCAGCUUUUCAUCUCGAGCAAAAACAAAAACUACAAGAAAUUCUUGCAUGCAUUUGAGGAAGAUCAGAUUGUGUCUUUCGAAGCUGUCAAAACCGGUCUUGCGGGUAUUGUCAAACCAGUACUGACAUACUCUCCUGAUGGAGAAAUGAAGUUUCCUCUUAAGGAAGGAGAAAUGCCUGACGUUUCGAACGCAGCAUAUUUGAUGUCGUGGUAUAACUUCCCUAAGACUACCCCAGGAAAAUCAAUGAUACUCAAUGGCUACAUACCUCACGCCAAAGUGCUUACAGAGGAUGAUAAGUAUGCCCUCACAAGUAGACAGCGAAAUGGACCGCGCUUCCAGAAUGUUUCUGAUUAUGUUAACAAGGGUCCAAAAGGCAAGGAUGAUUACAUGAUGUACGAUAUGAGACAAGGGGGAUAUCGGUCACUUCCCUACAUUGGUAGUCAGCCGGGCCCUAACCGUGGAAGAGGCGGUGGAUUUGGUGGUCGUGGGACCUACAACAAUCGUGGCAAUAGAGGCGGGUAUAAUGGCAGAGGCGGGUACCAAAAUCAGGGUCAGCAUUACAACAAUUACGGCAACAACUACAACAAUAACUACAAUAACUACAAUCAGAAUUAUCCCAAUAAAGGGUAUAAUGCCGGGAAUAAUCACAACUCAGGAUACAAUGAUUAUGGCUCGCAAAGUUAUCAAAAUAAGUCAACUUAUCAAAGAUACCAGGGUCAAAAUUAUAACCAGAAUUACAAUCAGGGCUAUCAUCAGACCCCCAAUCAAAAUUAUAAUCAGAAUCAUAAUCAAGGAUACAACCAGAACUACAAUCAAGGAUUUAAUCAAGGAUACAAUCAGGGCUAUCAGGGACAGCAGAAUCAAGGUUUCAAUAACCAUAACAGUUUUGGAGGUGCUUAUAAGAGAAGCGGUUACGAUAGGAGAUGA